ACACCUUCGUUCCCUCCCAUAUGAAACGGUCAGGGAAUUAGCCGCCCUGUGCGCGCGCGUGUUAAGCCAGGGGUUCCGGGAGCGCGCGCGGAUUGUCCACCAUCUCAGCCCCUCGCCAGGCUGUGCACCUCGCGCGUCUUGUCAUCCAUCUCCAUAGCGAAGAACUGAUCCUCCACGAGCACUGAGGGAUGAAACGGAAAAGAACGUAUGCCUGUCACCACAGAAAUGAGUGAGUCGUCGUCCAUUCACUCGGUGAAGCUUGUUUCAUUGGCCCGAUCGCUGUCCGGGCUUGGGCUUGAUGCCGCCAAUGGAUGCCCUAUCAACCUACCUGACAAUGACGAACCCCCUCCUCGGGAGUCCGGCAUCGAUCUAGGCCCUGGGCUUUUUUUCGCUGAUGGCAAGAGAAAAGUGGACUACGUCCUUUGCUACAAAUACAAAAAAAGGCGGGGAUCCAAGCCACGCCUUUCCAUUACAUCCAAUGGGAGUAUACCAUUACAGAUACACGGCCGAUGGGAAGAAGCAGAGUCUGGGGAGGCAGGUGCACCUGCAGGGGAUGUGGAGGAGUCAAAGCUGUCUGAGGAGGAAAAGGCUUUGAUGAGGGAGGAGUUUGAAGCAGGUCUACUGGAAGCUGGACUACAGAUUGAGCGUGAAAAAGAGAGGGCAAACGGCCUAGGGUUUAUUCGGCUGCACAUCCCAUGGUCAAUACUCAGUCGAGAAGCAGAGCUUCAGAAGAUCAAAGUUGCUGUGAAAAAGAAGUGUGAAUUGCGGAAACGGAUGGGUAUUGCUGGGAUCUGGGAUUCUGUUGUGGCCAAAGUCAACACACCAUUUCAACCAGACGUCGCUGACUUUGACAUCCACAAAGACUCACAGACACAUGUCCAUUUCAAAACCCUCAAACAUCCAUUUAUCAGAGACAAGCUCCACUUGUAUGACAUCAAGUCAACGGAAACCGUAUUUGACAAUGCAACACGCAGCAGAAUAGUGGCGGAGAUUAUUUCACGCACUACCUGCAGACAAACUUGCCAAACCACUGGCAUCAACUCAUUAUUGGCUCGGGGUGUCUACGACUCUGCCUUCCCUCUGCAUGAUGGGUCGUUCACAAGGAGAGGAGGGAGAGAUCAGCGUAAUGACAGACAGCUCCUCCAUGAAGAAUGGGCUAACUAUGGAGUCAUGCAUAAAUACCAGCCUGUGGACUUGAUCAGGAAGUACUUUGGAGAGCAGAUUGGGUUGUAUUUUGCCUGGCUGGGUGUUUAUACUCAGCUCCUCAUCCCCCCCUCUGUGCUGGGCAUCAUUGUCUUCCUGUACGGCAUACUCACUGUGGAUGCCAAUGUGCCAAGCCAGGAGACAUGUGAUGACAAUCUGAACAUCACCAUGUGUCCACUGUGUGAUGGAGUGUGUGACUACUGGCGUCUGAGUACGGUGUGCUCACUGGCCCGAACAUCAUACCUGUUUGACAAUGGAGCCACUGUCCUCUUUGCUAUUUUCAUGUCUCUGUGGGCUGCCUGUUUCCUUGAGCACUGGAAAAGGCGACAGAUGUGUCUGAAACAUACCUGGGACCUGACGAGCUUGGAGGAUGAGGAGGAGAGAGUCCAGGAGGAGAUGAGGCCUGAAUAUGAAGAAGCUCUACAGGAGAAAAAAGCCAAAAUGAAAGCACAGUCAAAGCAGAAGUUGACUCAAGCUGGGGAUGGUGCAGAUGGAGAAACAGACCAGAUGCUGGCCUCCCAGCGAGAGCCAGAGUCCUUGGACAUUGAGGAUCACCUGUCAGGUUAUCUCAUCAAUGUGUCCACCUUACUACUACUGAUCUUCGUAACCUUCUCUGCGGUGUUUGGAGUGGCCGUUUAUCGCAUCUGCAUGUUAAGUGUGUGGUCCAUGAACCCUGAUCCAGAAGCCAAGGCCAGCGUGAGAAUGACCGUCACCACCACAGGCAUCAUCCUGAACAUGCUGGUCGUUCUGGUGUUAGAAGAGGUCUACGGAGCGAUUGCUGUGUGGCUGACUGAAUUGGAACUUCCUAAAACAAAAGAAGAGUUUGAAGAGAGGCUCAUCUUUAAGUCUUUCUUUCUCAAAUCCAUGAACGCCUUUGCACCUAUUUUCUAUGUGGCCUUCUUCAAGGGCAGGUUUGCUGGGCGGCCUGGUGAUUAUGUUUACGUCUUUGGAGACUAUCGCAUGGAGGAGUGUGCUCCACCAGGCUGCCUCAUUGAACUGUGCAUCCAGCUCAGCAUGAUCAUGCUCGGCAAGCAGCUCAUCCAAAACAAUGUGUUUGAGGUUCUCAUACCUAAGCUUAAAAAAAUGUACAGAACAAUGCAGGAAGAAAAAGGAAAGAAAAGAGCAGCAGCAAAUGAGGAGAAUGAAGAAGAGAUGAGACCAAAGCAGCAGUUUGACAAAGAUUUCACCCUUGAACCCUUUGAAGGAGUGAGCCCAGAGUACAUGGAAAUGAUAAUCCAGUACGGGUUUGUGUCUCUGUUCGUGGCCUCCUUCCCGCUGGCGCCAGCGUUUGCUCUGCUCAACAACGUCAUUGAGAUUCGCCUCGAUGCUGCAAAAUUUGUCACUGAGAUCCGACGGCCUGAUGCUGUGAGGUGUAAAGACAUAGGGAUUUGGUACAACAUUCUCUGUGGAAUCAGCAAGUUCUCUGUCAUUACCAAUGCAUUUGUAAUCUCCUUCACAUCGGAGUUUGUACCACGAAUGGUUUACCAGUACAUGUACAGUGUAAAUGGCACCAUGAACGGCUACACAGAGCAUUCACUGUCCUACUUUAAUGUCAGCAACUUCCCACUGGGCACUGCGCCUACCACCACCCUCAUCACCGGAGUCUCCAUGUGCAGGUAUAAGGACUACAGAGAUCCGCCAUGGGACCCAGAUCCCUACACCUUCUCUAAACAGUACUGGUCUGUCCUGGCUGCAAAAUUGGCCUUUGUAAUAUUUUUCCAGAACCUUGCGAUGUUCCUCAGCAUGUUGGUUGCCUGGAUGAUCCCAGACGUACCACGGUCUCUGCGUGAACAGCUGAAGAAAGAGAACAUGAUGCUGAUGGAGUUUCUGCUGAAUCAAGACCAAGAAGCACGUGUCAAAUCUCACGCUCCAAAACGCUCCAUGCCGUGCUUCCCCGCCAACAUAGACAUUGUGGUGGAGGCAGCACCGCAAGAAGAGGAGGAGCAGCAAGUGGAGGAGGUGGAGGUGGAGGUAGAAGAAAGGGUUGAGAUCAAGCUGGAUGAACCCAGAAGGGACAGGGACAGCGAUCCAGAGAUCGGGAAGUCAUUCGAAGAAGUUGAAGAAAAUGCGCUGGAAGAGCAAGGAGGUGGAGGAGAAGACGAGGGCGGAGAGGUAGAAGGGGGAGAAAAGGAAAAAGAUGAACAAGUGAAUGAAGAAGAUGGAAAGGGUGAUAAGGAGCUAGAGGGAGGAGAAGAAAAAGAGGAAGAAAUACAAAGAGAGGAGGAAGAAAAGGAAGCGAAGGCAGACGAGAACUUUACUGUCGAUCUGGACUCCUUCAUGUCCGAGCUGGGGCUGUUAGAUGAAGAACCCUCAUCCAGCACAGCUACAGAUACAGCGCUUCCCCGCUCAGGCUCCAAACAGGAAUACCAGAAAGACCAGGAGCCUCCGUCGCAGCCAUCAUCUAAAAGAGGCUCAUCUCUGAGUCUGAAGAGCUCCAGGGCUGACAUUACAGCAUCAGAUAUUGACACUAGGCUCUUCUCACUAAUUGCUCCUCCUCCCAGAGAGCCAGGCUCAAGGGCCAAGGCCCGCUGCUCCACCUUGCCUUCCCGCCACAGAGGGACUGAGGCUUGCUACAGCCUGCCACGGCCCAGCCACUCCACCAGCCUCACAAGGUUCCAGCAGGCGGCCACACUUACUCCCCUGGUUCCUCUGGGAACCUCUGGGAAACAAUCCUCUUCAUUAUCAGCCUCAUCCAACCCAUUCUCUCCCCCACACACACCAGCGUCACCGACCUCUCCUCAUCCCACACAGUCCCCAUCAGUCCAACAGCCCCAAGCCCCCAGUGAACUAUUCAUGCUGAAAGGCCCUCCGCCUCAACAGCCUCGCUCCAGGGGCAAAGCCCGGUGCUCCACGCUGCCUGCACGGCAAAGAGCCCCCGGCCCUGAGGAGCCCUCCACCAAGCCUAGCCAUUCCACCAGCUUUACGAAGCUGGGGGACUGCAUCCCCCCUUCCCCCAGUGAACUGAAGCGUAACGCGCCAGUAUGAGGAGAGCUGGAGGGCAAGGGAAAGGGCCAGAGGGUGGCAGAGGGAGGAGGAGGGCUAUCCAGAUUAGCCUCCCCUGUCUAUGACUGGAGCCUCACCCCUCCGUCUGUCCUCCCUAUCUGCAUACGUAAUACCUGGGGUCUGGAGAGAGACCAUCCAGAUCAACAGAACGUCCUUUUUAUCCUCUUAAUUUUAACAGAGAUGUUUAUACUGCUCAGUGGUGUAAUGCUGGUCUAGACAAGGGGAGUGCUGGACAAUCCAGAGAAAAACUGCUCUGGGACUCUCCCUGCCAUGCUCGAGGAAAAUAUCAAUGGACUGAACUCUUUUUUUUUGGUUGUUGUUUUUUGUUGAUUUGUUUUUUUCCCCACUGACACAGCUCCGUAGCCACUGCUCCUCUGUUAUUUUCAGUCCCACACAUGCAGCAGUGCUGCCUUGUAGACCAGAGGAAAAUGGAAAUAUAUACAGCACAGCUAGUAUCAACAGUUAUGCUUGUAGACCUACUGUUUAUUUUUAGAGGUUUUGAUAUAUAAAAACAUGUAAAAUGAUAAUAAAGAAGGACAUAUUUUUGAUAUCUGUUUUUCCUGCUGAACUAAAGGUCAUGGGUUGGUUUAUGUUGCAUUUGUUAACUUUGCUGCAUGGGCUUUGAUUACAGACAGGAGAGGUGAAAACUGGAAGUAUUAUAUUUAUUGCAGUUUAUGUUAAUUACCCAUAUUAAGCGUAAAUAGGAGGUGACAAAUAACAACACAUGUCCAGAAGUACUUAUUUUCAGAUAUGGCAAGCUGAACAAACAUGAGACGAACAACAACACAACAUUUACAGUAUGUAUGUCACUAGUAAAUCCUCACUGGAAGAUGGUGACAGUAUCAACACUAAGAGGCCCAUUGUCUUGUCUCUGCUGCCUCCCUGUGGCGUCCGGUGGAACACCAAUAAAUUAUUCUGUGACCUGUAUUUUAA